AACAAAACAAGAAAGAAAAUAAAUUUGCAGUCCAAGAUCCAACUACACCUGGGGGAAACCUCUGCACCUCAGGGAAGGACAGAGAGAUUGAUUCGAGAUUCUUCCCCUUUUCUUCUACUCACUUUUCUUGCUUUUGUUUGAUGCCACUUUUGCAGAACAGUUAAAAAAAAAACCCCUUUUGCAUUUUUUAUAUAGCUUUUUUCUUGAAGAUGACACGGUUUUGAAGAGAUGUGCUGAGCUUGGUGUUAAUGGCGCAUAUGCACUUUUGAAAUCUAAGGCCGAAGAGAACGCCUUCUCGAAGCACUGGAUGAUUCUCACAAGCGGUUGAGAGCAUUUUGACGAGAUGCUUCGGUAGAUUCCUUAAAUGAUUCGAUUCCCUGGGUGCCAUGUUCCAGAGUUGCAGGGAUAGAUUUUAAGAGAUUAGGGAGGGGCUAGUAGGUUUCUCUUGAAGCUUUGCACACUUUUGGUUUAGCUGAGGAUGUCGGAAUCCCAAGAGGGUGCAAAGGAGCUGAGGUCACUGGCCUUGACCCCAACAUGGUCUCUUGCUUCAGUACUGACAAUAUUUGUCGUUGUUUCAUUACUUGUGGAGCGCUCUAUUCAUCGGCUGAGUAAUUGGCUGGAGAAAACUAAUCGAAAACCAUUACAAGCUGCUGUUGAGAAGAUGAAGGAAGAAUUGAUGCUUCUUGGUUUCAUAUCACUACUACUUACAGCAAGUGCGGGCAUCAUAUCGAAUAUUUGUAUUCCCUCAAUGUUCUAUGAUAGUGCAUUUACCCCAUGCACUAAGAAACAAGCUGAUGAAGAAAGAGAAGAUAGUAGCUUGAAGGAACGGAAACUUUUGGCGUCGUCUAGGAGAGUACUGACUGGUUUGAAUCAAAAUAUGUGUCGGGAGAAUUAUGAGCCAUUUGUUUCAUAUGAAGGCCUUGAGCAACUCCAUCGGUUCAUCUUUGUUAUGGCAAUUACUCAUAUAUCUUACAGCUGCUUAACAAUGCUGCUGGCAAUUGUAAAGAUUCACACUUGGAGGGCAUGGGAGGAUGAAGCUCACAUGGACAGAUAUAAUUCAAUGAGGGAAAUCACCCGAGCCCUGACAAUGCGAAGACAAUCGUCAUUUGUCAGAGUCCAGAGUUCGAAUCCUAUGGACAAGAACAAAUUUCUUAUUUGGGUGACUUGUUUCUUCCGACAGUUUGGUCGUUCAGUAGUCCGGGCAGAUUAUCUUACACUCCGUCAAGGAUUCAUAGCGAACCACAACCUUACACCAAAAUAUGAUUUUCACAGCUAUAUGGUUCGCUCAAUGGAAGAAGAAUUUCAACGGAUUGUUGGUGUUAGUGCUCCACUCUGGGGAUUUGUUGUAACUUUUAUGCUGUUCAAUGUGAAAGGGUCUAAUCUCUAUUUUUGGAUUGCACUAAUCCCUAUCACCCUCGUGUUAUUCGUGGGUACAAAACUCCAGCAUGUGAUCGCAACCUUGGCACUGGAGAGUGUUGGAAUGAACGGGAGUUCUUCCAGGCCGAAGUUUAAGCCCCGCGACGAGUUAUUUUGGUUCAAUAAACCAGAACUGUUGCUGUCCUUGAUUCACUUCAUUCUUUUUCAGAAUGCAUUCGAGCUUGCUUCGUUCUUUUGGUUCUGGUGGCAAUUUGGUUAUAGCUCAUGCUUCAUAAAGAACCAUUUCCUCGUUUACUUGCGACUGAUCAUGGGGUUUGUCGGACAAUUUUUAUGCAGCUACAGCACCCUGCCACUCUAUGCACUCGUCACUCAGAUGGGGACAAACUACAAGGCUGCCUUAAUACCACAGCGAAUCCGCGACACGAUCCACGGAUGGGGAAAGGAAGCUCGGCGGAGGAGGAAAAUGGGAGGCGAUGAUUCGACUGUUCUUACAGACACAAGCACGGUUGUAUCGGUUGAAGAGUACGACGAUAAUCAGUUGCUUGACAGCCCCGGAUUUGGUCCUAAAUUCGAUACCGAGAUCGAGCUGCAACCCCCGACGAUCGUGAUCGGAAGUCAUCCACCGGCAGGCGGCGGGACGCCUCUCCUUCGCCCCUCGGCUUCGAUUUCCCCUCCGUUUUCGAAUCGAAUCCUGCCAGAAUUGUCGCAGAGAUCGUCGUCGAUGCCGCGGUAGGAAAUCGGGUAACGCUAAAUACAGGUUUGUUGUUAUACAAGAUAUAGUUGCAACUAGCAAAGCAGCCAUCAAAGGAUCUUCAACAUUGUUCUUAUUGAUUCAGAAUAUUUCUGUAGAUGCAGCAGCAUUACAAAAGAACAGAGUUAUGGCACUUAUUACAUAUUUUUAUUCUGCACGUGAUCAAAUACUUCUUCUUCCAUCACUUUCCAUGGCCAUGUUGCUCAGGAGCCAUUGCUUGACCAGGUCCUCCAUGGAUUCCAUCAUCGUCUCCUUUGAUGUUAUCCGUCGAUCCGCCGCCGACUCCGUGCGGCGGCCAAUAGAUCGCCAUCACCAACACGGCAGGCUGCUGUCCUUCGCCGUAGUUCGGGGGGCAGGUAAUCGGGCAUGUCGGUGGCGGCGGCGGAACGCAAUUGCCGUUACAUGGAGGAUUCCCUUCACAGCCGCCGCCGCUGCAUUGUGGCGGCGGCACGAGCAUAGGAAUGCAGAUAGAGCCGCCGCAUUGCUGAGGCAGCUGAAUUGGAAUACAAUGGCCGCCGUAUGAAGGGCAUUCGCCGCCGCCGCUGCCGCCGCAAGCAGGCCAGCAGGGCUGCUGGGUCCAGGUUUGGGUCUGGGGGUUGGGUUCUUCGUGAGUUGUAGAAAUGGCGUGGGGGGGUGAGGUGUGGUGGUCGGUUAAGAUCCUGUUGGCGCUGGAGAAGCACAGGGAAGCAGCCAAGAGCAGCACCAAUUUGAUGGGAUCCGCCAUUGAUGGAUGCUGGUUUGGUAAUUACAGUUAGUUAUUAAUGGUUGCAGGGAGAUUGGGGAAGAAGACUCCCUCGUCAUUUAUAGAGGACAGGACAUGAAAUGAUACGAUGAUGAAUGGGAAUUCAGUUCGGGGGAGACGAGAAGCACUUCCAGCUUCUACGCGAACAUCAGGGGAUCAUGAUCAUC